AUGGAGGGAGUUGAAUGGAUUUGUUCACGUCUCACAACGAAUGUACCAACUGCACCGUGGACCGCUUUCCCAUCGACCCUCCAUAUUCUCAGGCACCCUUCCAGCCCUUCAAAAUUCCAAAUGAAAAAAAUUGAUGCGUCCUACGUUCAAGCGAACAAAAGCAUAUUCACCAACAAAAACACGGUCAUAGUGGUAGGGGCCGGUCUAAGCGUGCCGUCCAACAUACCUGAUUUCCGUUCAACUGACGGUCUCUUCGCCACACUCAAAAAGCGCUAUAAAAUACGCGGCGAACACAUCUUCACAUAUCGAUUUACAAUCGAUAAAGAGACGCGUAGCACGUACCUAAAAGUGAUAAGCGAGCUGAAGCAGGCGGUCGAUGCCGCACAGCCAUCGCAUGGCCAUUACUUUCUGAGUCAUGUGCGCGAGUUUGAAAAAAAAGUGCGCGUUUACACACAGAAUGUGGAUGGGCUGGAGGAACGUGCCGGUCUGAAGUGCACCAAGGAUUUUGGCACCGAGCUGGUUUAUCUGCACGGUAAUUUGAACGUGCUUGUGUGCACGUAUUGCGGGUAUAGCAAGCAGUUCGGGAGGGAGGAGCGUGAAGCGUUUGGAAGAGGUUGUGAAGUGGAGUGUGAAAGAUGUUUGACCAAGAAUUACGGGCAGGGAGCAAAGGUGUGCGGUGGGAUGGAUGCGGUAGAGAACGAAGGAAUUGGAGGGGGUGACAAGCGGAUGAGUGAGGGUUUCAAGGACAAAGAGGUGAUGACGGACAGGGAUGGUACCGUGGAGGAAGAAGAGUGUGUGGGCAAAAAGACCGUAUCACGACAUGCCACCGGUAAUGAACAUGCAAGUGCACAGAUCGGAAAAAAUGACAAAAACACGGGCAGAAAAGGUUUGCGUGAUGAGCUCACGAAUGAAAGCACGGACAAGAGCCGGUCCAUGAUUACCGGUGCUCAACCUGGGGAUAAAACCAAAACGAGAACAAACGACCGGUGUGAGUCCAAGGAAAGCAAGACUAAGCCACAAAGAGCGGUUCAAAAUCGCAAAGAAAACGCAAAAGAACAGAAAUCUCUCAAGCACAAGGAUGUACACGCCAGCAAAGUAGAGGGCAGCUACAAGGCCAUCAGCGAAACGCCCAAGAACACGUUAGCGCCAAGAACAAGCCGCAAGUUAGUAACAGGCAUGAUGAACACCAACAUAAUCCACUACUACCAGGUACACCCCGACAGCCACUACAUAGCAACCAUGACCAAGAAAGACAGCAACUGCCAGCUACUCAUAGUGAUGGGCACGAGUCUGAAAGUACACGGUGUCAAGCAACUCGUUAAGUACUUUUCGCGUGUUGUGCGCGCUAAUAACGGAAAGAGCGUGUUCGUUAAUUUGGAAAGCGUGUGUAAGAACAUGAUGGAAUGCUUUGACAUGUUCUACGAGGGCACGAUUGAUGAGUUUUGCGGGGUGCUGGAGGAGUGCGCAGGGCACAAGGAUGAGAGGAAGCUCUCGAUGCGCAAUUUUGUGUGUGUGAGAAGCGGUGGACAGGUUGGCAAGGGAAAAGAUGAUAACAAAUGUGGGCUGCGUGAGAUUAGAGAGAAGUUGAGCAAAAAUAAACCGGCAGCACGGGAACAUCCCAGCAAGAGCGUACAAAAUGGCAGUGAGAAAGAACUGCUCAGCGGUCGAUCAGAUGCACAAGCGAUUGGCAGUGAUGAGCACCACUCGUUGAACACGUGUGCUGGUAAGGACACGAGGAGCGGUCAGCAGCGUAUGCGAAGGCUGAGUGCCAUAGACAACGCAGAAGAAGGCGCGUGUGCUAAAAGCAUCACGAAAAAGGACUCGUUUAGUGCGGUGGAGAGCGAUGCAUGUACGAACGUUUCAAAUAAAAUAGAAGCGAAAGAAAGGCAACAGCACAAUACCGGUGAUUUACGUGAUGCUGGGGCCGUAGGUGCAAACGAAAAUAAAACAGGGGAGGGGAUCGAAAACGUAAAGGGCACAAGAAAUGAUGAGGUGACCGCCAAGGACGUAAAUACCGAUGAGGUGAUCGCCAAGGACGUAAAUACCGAUGAGGUGACCGUUAAGGACGUAAAUACCGAUGAGGUGACCGCCAAGGAUUCGUUGUUAAAAAACGCUAAAAGCACGAAAAAUGCGCAAAAAAGCGGAAAGAAUUCUACGGCUACAAAAAAGAACGAAAAAGCAGCAAAGAACACGGGAAAGAAGGACAAAAACGUGCAAACAAAGAAAGCAAGCAAUUUUAAAGAAUGCGGUGCAUCCACCGGCACGAUCAAAGAGGUGAAAGCGAUAAAUAAGGGCAGCGAGAACCAACAGCAGGACCAAAAGCGUACCAUCAAGAAAAUGAGCUUGAUACGUAUAAAAACGAAGAAAACGGCUAUUACGCCACCGGAACAGAGCAAUGGCACGUGCACAAGCGGUGUUUACGAUGAACAACCGUUUGAUUCUAUUCGUGUGAGCGAGGGUGCUGGCGAUAGCGUAGGGAAGAGCACGUGCUUAACACCUAGGAAGAAGAUGAACAAGAGUAAGAAAAUGGCGUUGAAGACGGCCGAUCUUGAUUUGGGCAGCUCUCCGGUGGUGAAGAAGAAACAAAAGAAGAAAUGAUGGCAACGAAAAUUAAAUGUAUUGAUGAACUGUUUUGAAUCGUAGUAUUUGUUUUGAUGGCACGUAUGAUCUGUGAAAAGUGUUCUUUGGGGAAGGUGCUUACACAUGCAUGCCUAAUGGUUGAUCGCAGAGCAUGUCAUUGCACCCAUAUGCGAUCAGGAACGCUAUCAAGAUCAAUCUCAGGCCCUUUUACCACAUUACAUGGUAAAAUACACCAGCACUGUCCCUACCAAUGACUUACACACUGCCCAUAAUCCUGGCAUACCUGUAGAACAGCCCUUAUACACCACGCUUUUACCUGCUGAUCCGGAUUUAAAGCUCAUUCUGUGCGAUCGUUCCAUACGAACACGAUAUUCCCACCGCUCGGCUGAUGUGUGCAAACGUUGCAUCGUGCUCCAACAAAGUGCUCAGCAUUGGCGCGUGCACUCCUCCA